GAAAUCUAAUGAUUUAAAUUCAAUCCUCAUGGUUUUAAAAAGAUUUGAAUCUAUUUCAAUUCAACCUGAUGUGAUUUCAUUUACAAUCUUAUUAAAUGUUUUAAUGAAAUUAGGUGGUGAUCAAACUUUGGCUAAGAAAUUGUUAAACUUAAUGGAUAGUUUAGGUCUUAAAGCUAAUGCGAUCACUUAUGGUUCGAUCGUACAUCAUUUAUGUAGAUCGGGUCAACUUGAAGAACUUGAAAUUGCUGUUGGAUUAGUAGAUGAGAUUGAACAGAAAGGAAUUGCUACAACUGCGAUCACGUAUACUGCUCUAAUUCAAGGUUACUUACGAGCAUAUGUGAACGAAUACAGAUCAAGUGAGAACCAACUGAAGAGUACCAAGUUUAAAGAAGCAAUGAAACUGAUAGAUCGAAUGAAAUCACAUGGACAUCAAAUCAAUGAAGUGAUCGAACAUGCUUUAUUAGAUACACUUCUUUCUACACAUCAAAUUCAAGAAGCCAUGGAAUUCUUUAAAUCUUCUUGUAGAAAAGAUUUAGAUUCUUAUGGGAUCUUAUUGAGAAGAUUAAAAGAAUUAGGUCAGAUUGGAUUGGCUAAGAAAUUGAUUGUCGAGCUGAGAGGUCGGGAUUGGUUGAUUCCUAGAUGGAUCGAAAGAAUCGUUUUGGAUAUUGAACAUUCUUGGUGAACUAUUUGUGGUUUCUUUGUUUGAUUUGGGAAAAAAUAACGAUGUUUUUUUCAUUGGGUCAUCUUUUGGGAAGAAAGAGAGAGAGAGAGAGACGAAAGAGAAAGAAAAUUGGUUGAAUGGGGUUUUGGAUUGUAUAAAAGGUUAAAUGUAAAAACUUUUUGAUUUUAGUUUCUUGAAUUUGAUGGUUUUGAGAAUCAAGAGAACCAAAGAAUGAGUUUGAGUGAUUUAUGUUUCAAUCACAGGCAAAAGAAUGUAUUUAUACCUUGUUGCCUUUUCUUUUUGAGCACUCUUGUAAGGCUGUGAUUUAUGGAACAGUCAACCUCGAGGCUGAGCUGACAGUCAAGGUAAAUUGGGGUUCGAGUCUUGACUUGAAUCGUUUACC